AUGCAGGACCUUCGAUCAAAAUCAUCGAAACCGCACAAUCUUGUUCGUCAGCUAAGACUUUAUCUUGACGAAGACAAUCUUAUCAGAUGUGGAGGACGUAUCAACAAUGCACCGGCAUCUCAUGACGCUAAGUUUCCAUAUUUACUGCCAACAAAACACAAGUUCACAGAACUACUUGUGCGAAACCUACAUUUACAGAAUCAUCAUUGUGGCGUAGGCAGCACAAUUACGUUAUUACGACAAAGAUUCUGGAUACCUGCAAUUCGCCAACUCGUCAACAGUGUACUACGGAAAUGUGUGAUUUGUCGCAAAGUGUCGGGCAAACCUUAUACCGCCCCUGAUCCACCACCUCUACCUAAAGACAGAGUAAUGGAUAGACCCUUCAAAGUCACGGGAGUGGACUUCUCAGGGGCCUGA